UCUUGCGCUUUCAUUUACAACUGCAGUCUGGCGCAGGAAGUUUAGCAGUUUCAAAUUUGCCAGAUCAAAUUCACCACAACCCUCAAUCUGCAACAACACACGUCUUCCUAGCCCUAAGAAGCAUACGUUUUCUCCGCCGGAGGAAUGUUUCAUUCAAUAUACUACGGAAAAAUUAGCAGAGAGGAGACCGAGAGACUAUUGGAAAAGUAUGGCAUGGAAGGGAGCUUUCUCGCACGCGACAGCGAGAGUGUUCCUGGAGCCUUCUGUCUCUGCGUGCGGAGGGCUUCAUUCGUUCAUACGUACAGGAUUUACUGGUGUGCAGAGGGCUGGAGCAUUAAGACCUCCCCCGAAGUGAAGAUGCAGAGCUUCGAGACGCUGGACAAGCUCAUCGACUGCUGCAGAAGGGGCGCCUCAGACAAAAUGGCCGCCCUGCUGCACCCUCUGGACCGGAGGGCACUGCCACAGGCUGGUCCAAAUAAAGAGUUGUCGUACAUGGAGAUGUGACGGGGACCCAGUCGCUCAGACCACGUCUUUUUCCGAGGGCUCUUAUUCGUCCUGCCCCGCUCCGUGGAGAUGGCGUAGACCGUGGGGGUGUAUGUGCCUGUACAUCUGUGCGUGCGUGUUCCUGUGUUCACAGCACACCAUGUAGACCACGGACAGACAUGUCAAGCUGUGAGUACAGCAUAUACUACAAUAUACUUGUAAACUGAAAUUACUGUGAACUAUCUCUUGAGGAACUAUCCCUGUGAAGUCCGAUGCCGAGGACUUUAUGAGUGUCUAAAACUUUAUGCAUUUGUCAUGGCGAUCAGUGUAAAUGUACUCCAAGCCUAUUGCAUUUCAGUGUGAAUCUGUUAUUGAGUUAGAUUUCUAAAUUAGCCUGUUAUGACAUAUGUACAUUGGCACAGGAUUAACAUAAACUUCGUAGACAUUCUACCUUCUUCUGUCAGGCGAUUUUACUGGAGAUAAAAGUAGCUAAUGGCAUUUGUUGCACAUUCCUUUCUGUUAAUUCUUGUACUCUGGUAUAAGCUAUUUGGCCUUAUCAAAUAAUUAUUGUGAUAUCUAGCAUUCCAUACCUUGGAGGAAAAGGCUUAUUAGCUGCCAUUUAUACCAUAUUUGACGGUAUUAACCGUUUUGCUUUGUUUUUGUUUUGUUUUUUGCUUUUAAGAUAAAGGGAACCAUUACGUCACAUUUUCUAAAUUACUUCAUGGAAUUAAACCAAUUGCCUUCAAGUACGUUCCCCAGAAAAUGCUGAUGAACUUGUCUGAUGUUUCUGUUAAAUGUUGCUUUAUCUGUUAAUUUGAAUCAAGAUUCGAAUCACAUUUAAUGACUUAAAUGUGGGAACUGGAAGAUUGUGUUCCAUUUUCUUAAAAAAACGUAGCAAACAUUUGGCAAGACACACCGACCAAUUUUGUUUUGUUCCUUGUCGUACAUCAACAGUAAGAGUAUGUAAAUAACCCAGAUUAGUUGAUUAUGCCAAGGUCUGUGCGCUUUCUUCUUCUUCUCUACUUAAAUAAAGGAGACCUGUUCUUCAUCA